AUGUAUCAGUUUAUUUUUAAUAUUCUUAUUUUCAAUUUCUUGUUACUGGCUAUUGUCAGUGCAUCAAAUGAAUACAAUCAUCAACAAGCAAGACAAAUCGGCCGAGAGCUACUCGUUGAUCAACGUGGUGGAACUUCGUACAAGACAAUUGCCUCUGCAGUCUCUUCAGCUGUUCCUGGCGAUAAAAUUAUAUUAGCUAAAGGCAGUGGUCCUUACCGGGAAACGCUCAAUAUUAGAAAAUCCGGUACGGCUACAGCUCCGAUUAUAGUUGAAGGUAAUGGUGAGACGAUCACUGGUUUCGAUCCAAUGCCUUUCACAUUCAAUGAUAACGUUUGGAUGUACACACUUUCAAAACCAUUCGAGACAGCACCAGCUGUUAUUACAUGGUAUGGGCGACGUAUUCUUCAAGAUCAAAACACUGGCGAAUUUAUUGGGCCAAUCAAAUUGCGAACGGAUGGAAAAACUCUCGAACUUACUUCUGGUACGUCGGCGGAAGGUUGGGAAAUCUCUACUCGUCUUUUUGUUGUUGCUCUUAAUGGCGUUUCCCAUCAUAUCUAUCGCAAUAUAAUUGCCACCGGUAGUCUCAAUGACGGCUUUAAUCUUCACGGAGAUGGUAAUAACAUCAUAUUCGAGAAUAUCGCUGGUUACAACAAUCUUGACGAAGGUUUCUCUUCACACGAAACAAUCUCUUGUACGAUUACUAACGGUCGUUUCUGGGCUAAUGACAACGGUAUUGCCAAUGUUCAUAAUAGUGUGACAAACAUCACUAAUGUUAUGAUACAUGAUAAUGUUGGCUAUGGUCUGUGGCUUCCUGACAAUACCACAAGCAACUUAGUUGAUAUUCGUGUCUGGAACAAUGGUGCUGCUCAGAUUCGUCUCAAUGGUCGUGCGACAGGUACAGCUACUCGAGUUUCUGUAUGGAAAUCAUCAUGGAGUUCACCACCUUGGCGUCGUUACAUGGAAUCUAAAGUCGUUAAGAAUACGACAACACUAGAUGGUAAUGCCGCUUACACGUCAGUUCCGUUUUGGACGGGAAAAUCCGAAAUCAUGAAUAUAUCCACUAUGCCUAUCCCCGUUAAUCCAACAGCGAAUAGCACUGUACCUAGCAUCGCAGUCUUGAUUCAGAACGCUAUUACAACUAGUCGUUCAUUUGUAGUUCUCCCAGCAGGAAUUCAUCGCCUCACAGAUCAAAUAAACAUUCGUAAUGCCACUAAUCUCGAAAUAGACGGUACUGGUACGACUCUAAUUAUGACUAACCGUAAACGCAGUAUUCUAUCUAUUUCAAAAGCGAAUAAUUUAGUCAUUCGAGGUUUAACAUUCGAUUAUGAUCCACUUCCCUUUACUCAAGGCACAAUCACUGCUGUCACAUUGAGUUCGAUUACAUUUAAAGUGCAUGAUGGAUAUCCUGAUCUCGAUAAUGGCUUUGGUUCAACACCACCGGCACAUUUGUUCAAACCAGAUGGUCGACGACAUCCACAUGCUUAUGAUUUCUAUAAACCUUCUUUAAAAAUCAUUACGAAUCGUACGGGUACUUUAAUCAAGACCGGUCCUAACUGGCCGGUAACCCUUGCUAUUGGUGAUUUUGUUGCUUUGGAUCGUCGUGAAACUGAUGCGACGAAUGCUGUUAAUAUCUUUGAUUGUAUUGGCUCAGUGACGUUUGAAUAUAUCGUCAUGCUCAGUUCGCCUUGUCUUAGUUUUGUUGGUCGUUAUAAUCUCGAUGUUGUUAACUUCCGUCGGGUUACUUUACGACCUGGUUCAGUACCAAUUGGUGCCAUUCAAUCACGUCUUCUUUCCACAAAUGCUGACGCAAUCAACUUUGCAUAUUGCCGUAAAGGACCACGAAUAGAAAAUUGUGACAUAUCUCAUCAAGGUGAUGAUUCUCUUAAUGUACAUGGACCUUUUCUCAAGAUUACAAGUGUACUCUCGAACACACGCUUUCAGUUUACCCAUCCACGUCCUUAUUCCUUCCUCCAUCCUACAAAGACUGGUGAUACUGUACGUCUACAUGCUAAUGGCAGCUUCAACUUGAUCGGAAUGGCGAAAUUUGCUUCUUACAGGUUAGUGAAUACGAGUGACGAAGUCACUACAUAUGAAAUCAAUCUUUUAACUUCACCUACCACCCAUCUUGCUGUGGAUCAAUGGUUUGACAUUCCUGAAUUGAAUAGUCCUGAUUAUAUUGUUCGUGAUAGUUAUUUUCAUGAUCAUCGUGCACGUGGUUUGCGUCUCAUGGCGAGCAAUGGUCUCAUCGAACGAAAUCGCUUUGAACGUCUUACCAAAUGUGCUAUUUCAGUCGGUCCCGAAUUUGGAUACUGGCGCGAAGCAGGUUGGGUCAAUAACGUCACAAUUCGAAAUAAUAACAUCAGUUACAUCGGUGUAGAUAUAAGUUUAUCAGCAACAGGUAGUAUCACACCCGGUGCUAUUAGUAUCUUUGUUCACACAGACAAACAAUUAACACCCUAUCCAAAUAAUCAUAGCAAUCUUAUUAUUGAAAAUAACGCCAUUCAAGAAAUAUCAGUCGCUGGUAUUCAUGCUUAUGCUGUCAAUGGUCUUCUUGUACGUAAUAACACACUUUUUCAUACAAAUCUUAUUCGUGGUCAGGGUACAGAUUCAUCUACUGGUCUCGUCACUACUGGGCCAAUUUCAGUUUCUGCUGCUGUUAAUGUCACUCUUGAAGACAAUUAUAUUCUCCAAUAA